UCAGUGGCUCCUGCGGCGUUGUUCCUGGCGGCCAAAGUAGAGGAGCAGCCCAGGAAGCUGGAUUAUGUGAUCAAGGUGGCCCACGCCUGCCUGCACCCCCAGGAGCCGCCCCCCGACACCAGGAGCGAGGCCUACCUGCAGCAGGCGCAGGACCUGGUCAUCCUGGAGAGCAUCAUCCUGCAGACCCUGGGCUUUGAGAUCACCAUCGACCACCCGCACACCCACGUGGUGAAAUGCACGCAGCUCGUCAGAGCCAGCAAGGACUUGGCGCAGACGUCCUACUUCAUGGCUACCAACAGGUUAUUAUUUACCGUCGAUUCGUAUCUGAGGGGCGGAUGUGAGGGGCUGCCCCUCUGCUGGCUGCUCAGCUGGGCGCCCCUCCUCCUGCUG